UUUAGUAAAAUAUAUAUGUAUAAAAAAAUUUUGGUAUUUAAAUAGAAAGAAAACGCACCAUAAUAAUUUAGUAUUCCUUCUAGGUAGCUAUCCCAAAGAGUACUUAAUAGGACCAAAUAUGGUUUCAAAGGCUCAAAUAUUGUAAAACCCCACAUAAAGCUGCAACAAGUUUUGUAGGGAACUAGAUUUUCACCAGUUUGCAAUCGAAAAUUGUAUAUCGCUUAUCGGUUGCUAAAAUAAUCUCAUCACUACUUUUCUAUUAAACCGCUUUUUAUUACUUCGAAAACAAAUACGCACUGGGCCGCUUUAAGGAAGAAUGGAUGUAUUAAAUCCUCAAGAGAAUGACGGUGUUGGAUUAAUUACGGAGCCAGGAUAUUCAUGGGAAGAGCUGCGGGAAAACAUCAUUGGUACAUGUCUUAAAAAAAGGUGUCAAAUCCUUUUAGACGAUGACCCAAAAGUUGACGAAGUGUACCAAGAAAUACUGAAACUAUUAAAUUCAGAACUAAAUUUGGAUGAAAUAACCAGUCUCUUCGUUGUAGUGGGAACACUUUAUUUUAUUGAUGCUACACCAGAAAACAUGGAGUGGCGCGUGCAACUUUUACAAAAAACAUUUAACUAUACUGAUACACUUAGUCCGAUGCAUCUACAUUUGGCAACAAAACGUCUUUGGACUUGCUUAAAAAAGAAGGAUUCUGACGUCUUUAAUAUACUUGAACUAUGUAAUCAAAUGGUUAUAAUAAGUGAAACAGCUCGAGCCAUAUCCAUAUGUUUGAUGUGGACCAUAUUAGCUGAAAUUACAGAAACGUCAAGUGAAAUGUAUUGCUUCAGGCAGUUCACGAAGUUAUUGGAUAUGCUAAAUAAUAUCGAGAGCGAGACACUGCAAGAGGAAGAAAAUACUAAAAUUGUAUAUAUAUUAGUGCGCGUCUUAAGUUAUCUUAUAAAUGUUACGCUUUGUGAUACCCAAAAUGAAGAUAUCAUUAAAGCAGGCUAUCGAAUGUAUUUUAAAUACACUCCUGCUUUUCUCAAAAAGGUUCUUGAGUGGUGUGAAAAUUUUAAAAAGACGAUAGACUCUUGUCCAAAACCAAAGCAGAUUCAAGCGGAUUGGGGACUGCGGAUGAUGAUUGCAGAGCAUAUUAGUUUUAAUAUCAUUAAUGUGCUUCAGGAUAAAAUCGAUCAAAUAAGUGUACCGGAUUACUCCUAGGCACUUCCAGUAGUAAUUUGUUGUAUAAUAAUUUAUUAAAGAAAAUAAUUAAUUAUAGUUAUAAGGUAUUUAUAUAUGUAGGUUGAUGAUACCAUAAUAAAUCCAAAAUACAUACAUAUACAAAUGUGUUUAAAAAUUCCAACGAGUAAUAUUCAUACAUAUUUGUUUAAUUUGUAAAUAGUAGCGUAAUAACUCAAAAACUAGCUAGAAGUAUCUUUAUUGGUGACGAUAGUUUUCAAAAAAUGUGAUUUUAGUAUCAAAAAUAUAUUUUCCAACAACUAAUUUGUGAUGGUAAAUUUUGAGAGCUAUCGCUAAAAUUUUCGGCAUUUUUCGAUUUCUAAACAAUCUGUUACUUUCCAAAACUGGCGUAUAUGUUUUAGAAAUCGCACAGUUGUAGCAUUGUUAUUCACAAAAAGUUAUCUAAACUGCAGUAAUAUAGAUAAACACACUUUAGUGUUUAUAGUUUGUUUAGUAUGAUAUUUGAUAGGGUAUUUCUUAUUGCCAUCUUAUAAGGUUUAUCAUAAUUUUUCGUUUUAUAAAGAAUUUACACGGCACGGGGUUUUUGAGAGUGAAUUACGCCGAAAUUGGAGAUUCGGAGUGGUACUACUGCGUUUUGCACAUCGCGCACAUCAGCUGUUGAAUAUUCCCCGCAGAGAAAGUAUAAUAACUUAUAAUAACAAUUAUUCGUUCUCGCCCGAUCUGACACUACAACCAACAUUAGAAUGUGUGAUGGUGGAACGCUCUCAGCUGCAAUUUGAGUAAGUUUCGUAUCUAGUCAUCUUUGUCUUUGGAAACCGGCUUUAUAAGAAUCUUUAAAUGUUCAUUGCCAAUUUUUUUUAAACUAUCAAAAAAAUAUUUCGUCCACACCAAAGAAAAAAAAGAAAAUGAACAUCAGCAAAGAGAAAAUACGCUAUAUUCUACAAUUUUACUUCGAUAAAGGCGAUAACGCAAUUCAGGCCGCAGAACAUGUGAAUAGUGUUUAUGGUCCUGAUACUGUAACGGCCAAUCAAGCACAAAUUUGGUUUAGUCGAUUCCAGUCCGGUAAUUUCAAUGUCAAAGAUGCACCAAGCACUGGAAGGCCUAUUGUCAAAAAUGUCGAUAAAAUAAUUGAAAUCGUCGAGUCUGACCGUCAUGUGAGCACUGUUUCGAUAGCACAGGAGCUAAACAUAGCACAAAAAACAGUUUGGAACCAUUUGCGAAAGACUGGAUACACAAAGAAGCUCGAUGUUUGGGUGCCACAUGAGCUAACGGAAAAAAACCUCAUGGACCGAAUUUCAAUCUGCGAAUCGUUGAUGAAUCGUAACAAAAUCGACCCAUUUCUACGACGGAUGGUGAUUGGUGAUGAAAAAUGGAUCACUUACAGCAACGUUAAACGAAAACGGCCACAAAAAACUGUAUAUAAGCCGGAAUUAACGGCCAGGAAGGCUUUGUUUUGUGUUUGGUGGGAUUGGCAAGGAAUCAUCAACUAUGAGCUGCUACCCGACGGCCAAACUCUUAAUCCGGAUCUACACUGUCAGCAAUUGGAACGUCUGAAGGAAGCAAUCGUAGACAAGCGCCCAGAUUUGGCCAAUAGUAGAGGAAUUUUGCUUCAUCAGGACAACCACAAACCACACACAACGAUAGCGACUCACCAGAAACUCCGAGAGCUUGGUUGGGAGGUUCUUAUUCAUCCACAUUUCAGUCCGGAUCUCGCACCAAGCGAUUACCAUCUAUUCCCGUCUAUGGCGAAUUAUUUGGAUGGAGAAGAAUUGGCCUCUCGAGAAUCCUGCGAAAAUAGAUUGUCCCAAUUUUUUUCCAAUAGGGAUAAGAGUUUCUAUGCAGAAGGCAUAAUGACACUACCUUCAAAAUGGCAAAAGGUUAUGGAGCACAAUGGUGCAUAUUUGACAGAAAUCGAAUGAUUCCAACUAUGCAUAAAUACUUUGUUAAGGACUAGAGAGUAAAAAAUAAACAAUGUUGAAG